UGGUUUACAGAGAGCAGCUAGACUGCAGUUCUCAACCCAUGUCAUACAGGCCCACUGAUCACCCAACAGAUGAUAGUGGAUUUGCACUAAUAAUCAGUGUGACUGGAUUGGGACCCUCAAGCUAGGGUUAAAAGGCUCAGUAAUUCAUUCCCAGCCCCAAGAGCCAUUUAGCUUCUCCAUCCUGUCCUCUAGGUCACUGGUUUGCAAACCUCAGUGUGCAUCAGAGUUACCCAGACAGCUUAUUCAAAAUACAGAUUCCUGGACCUUGCCUCACACCAGCCAAAUCAAGGUUUUUCUGGGGGUGGGGCCAGAGACUGCACCUUUAAGAAGAACCCCAGGGUUGGGACAUGAGGGGAUGGAGGAGGGUGGUCAAAAAGUACAAGCUUCCAGGGACUUCCCUGGUGGCGCAGUGGUUAAGAAUCCCCCCAGUGAAGGGGACACGGGUUCAAUCCCUGGUCCGGGAAGAUCCCACAUGCCGCGGAGCAACUAAGCCUGUGCUCCACAACUACUGAGCCCACGUGCUACAACUACUGAAGCCUGCGCGCCUAGAGCCUGUGCUCUGUAGCAAGGGAAGCCACCGCAAUGAGAAGCCCAUGCACCACAACGAAGAGUAGCCCCCGCUCGCCGCAACUAGAGGAAGCCCACUCACAGCAACCAAGACCCAACACAGCCAAAAAAAAAAAAAGAUUAAAAAGAAAGAUUUUUAAAAAAGAUGAGUCAGGAGACGAAGAGUCCGUCUCACAAACCGACAAGACCGAGCUGCAGAACACCCUGCGGACGCUGUCCAGCAAAGUGGAGGACCUGAGCACAUGCAACGACCUGAUCGCCAAGCACGGCACGGCGCUGCAGCGCUCGCUUAGCGAGCUGGAGUCCCUGCGGCUGCCGGCCGAGAGCAACGAGAAGGUCAAACAGGUCAACGAGCGGGCCACACUCUUCAGGAUAACGUCCAACGCCAUGAUCAACGCCUGCAGAGAUUUCCUUGUGUUAGCCCAGACCCACAGUAAAAAGUGGCAGAAGUCCCUGCAGUAUGAAAGGGACCAGCGUAUCCGCCUGGAAGAGACCCUGGAGCAGCUAGCGAAGCAGCACAACCACCUGGAGAGAGCCUUCCGAGGAGCCGCGGUGCUGCCGGCAAACGCCGCUGGCAGUGCUGGUUCUGGCAAAGGUCAGUGCUGCUCCGGCAAAGGAGACCUGAGUGAUGAGGAUGACGAGAAUGAGUUCUUUGAUGCCCCUGAAAUCAUCACCACGCCUGAAAAUUUGGGCCACAAACGUACUGGCAGCAACAUCAGCGGAGCCAGCAGUGACAUCAGCCUUGAUGAACAGUACAAGCAUCAGCUGGAAGAGACCAAGAAGGAAAAGAGAACGAGGAUACCAUACAAGCCAAACUAUAGCCUCAAUUUGUGGAGCAUCAUGAAGAACUGCAUCGGAAAAGAACUCUCCAAGAUCCCCAUGCCGGUAAACUUUAAUGAGCCCUUAUCCAUGCUUCAGCGCCUUACGGAAGAUCUGGAAUACCAUGAGCUGUUAGACCGAGCUGCAAAGUGUGAGAACUCUCUAGAACAGCUCUGUUAUGUUGCAGCUUUCACCGUGUCCUCCUACUCCACUACUGUCUUCCGUACCAGCAAGCCAUUCAACCCACUCCUUGGGGAGACCUUUGAGCUAGACCGAUUAGAGGAGAAUGGGUACCGAUCCCUCUGUGAGCAGGUGAGUCAUCAUCCCCCUGCGGCUGCACACCACGCUGAGUCCAAAAAUGGCUGGACGUUGCGUCAGGAAAUCAAAAUCACCAGCAAGUUUCGAGGCAAAUACCUCUCCAUUAUGCCCCUUGGUAGCAUCCACUGUAUCUUCCACGCAACUGGGCACCACUACACUUGGAAAAAAGUUACCACGACAGUGCACAACAUUAUCGUGGGCAAACUGUGGAUCGAUCAGUCUGGCGAAAUUGAUAUUGUGAAUCACAAGACAGGAGACAAGUGCAAUCUUAAAUUUGUUCCUUACAGCUACUUCUCUCGGGAUGUAGCAAGAAAGGUGACAGGGGAAGUGACAGAUCCAUCAGGAAAAGUUCACUUUGCCCUUCUGGGGACGUGGGAUGAGAAAAUGGAGUGUUUCAAAGUACAGCCAGUCAUCGGGGAAAAUGGGGGUGACGCCCGGCAGCGAGGCCACGAAGCAGAGGAAAGCAGGGUCAUGCUGUGGAAGCGGAAUCCUCUACCGAAGAACGCAGAGAACAUGUACUACUUCUCAGAGCUGGCUCUAACUCUCAAUGCCUGGGAAGCUGGCACCGCCCCCACAGACAGCCGGUUACGGCCCGACCAGAGACUGAUGGAGAACGGGCGCUGGGAUGAGGCGAACGCUGAGAAGCAGCGCCUGGAGGAAAAGCAGAGACUUUCCAGAAAGAAGCGAGAAGCCGACGCUGUGAAAGCCACGGAGGACGGCACGCCCUACGAUCCCUACAAGGCUCUGUGGUUCGAACGGAAGAAGGACCCCGUUACCAAGGAGCUAGCCCAUGUUUAUAGGGGAGCGUACUGGGAGUGUAAGGAGAGACAGGACUGGAGCUCGUGCCCGGACAUUUUCUGAACCAGCCCUGACAAGAGGAGGAGGAGCCAAAGGAGAAGAGGACAGAGGAUGCACGGGAAAGCUGGCAGUCGUGACUCUCUUACCGAGAGCUUUCCUCAAGUUUGUCUGUCUUAACCAAUCAUUUUUUCCAAAUCAAUCACCAGAAGCAGACACCGUGGGUGGUGAUUGGCUGGUUGCCUUAGCGGAUUGAAACUGAAAUCGACAUUCUAGAUACUGUGUGUGUGAGGGAGAGGCGUCCUGGCUGAGUGUUAGUGUCAUCCCACUUCUGCAGCAUCACGUGCUCUUGACUCUUCCUCUCCCUCUCUGCCCCGGUUGAGAUGCUGUCCCUCCCCCUCCCCCUACAGAGCCUGCCCAGCCAAGACCUGCGGAGGAGGAGGAUGCGGGGCGUUCCGGUGCUGUUCAGAGCGAGAGCUGAUUUUAGAGGUUCCCUUUAAAAACAAACACGUAAGACUCACCAACAGAGGCAUCGUGAAUGCUCGUGGUGGAGCUUAGGCUGGUGGAGCUUAGGCGUGACGUUAUGAAGUGUUCACAGAUGGGGUCAAUUUAACGGGGUGUCCGUGUGGAGAAAACCGCGGCACUGGAACACUUGCGAGAGGGACUGUUUUGCAAGGCCGGGACGUUCAGAGUUAAAUUCUUGGAAGUUUCGAUCUUCACUCGCGUAAAACACCCUGCUGCUGUUCUCCAUCUCCUUUGACAGCAACCAGGGCCACUUGGGUGGUCGGUAGGAGGCUUGCAUUAUCCUCGAAAAGGGGUUUUACGGACUCGCUCAGGCGGAGAACUUCUGAGAACACGAGGCAGGAUGGAAGAAGACUGCUGGCCACUGUUGCUUUCCCGUUCUCUCUUCUCCCUCCGCACAAUACUGAUUCGGGUUUGUGCCCUGUGGAGCAAAGCAUUACCUGUCCCGUUCUGAUACACUUCAGAAUCUGAGAGAAGGAGUUUAUCUGGAAUAAGUUUUCACCAUCUCUCAAGCCCCAUGGACUGGAGCCACCUCUGGAAUAAUGCGUUAAGUAUCUGUAUAUUAUAUAUAUGUAGAGAAAAAUCUAAUUCUUUUUUGGUUUGAUUUUCCUUCUUCCCAUUAAGAAUCUUGAUUUUUGAUAUCACUUGUCUCCCUGGGACUCUCUCUUGGACACACUGAUGUGGAUUGGAGCCCCCUCUGCUUUCCCUCUUUCAGGGGCAGACAGAUUCCAAACCUGAGCAGGACCCCACCCAGCGGUUACUGAGCAGGGACUUUGUCCAUGGUUUGUACCAUGAGGUGCCCACUGCUGUCUAAAGUCUGCUCUUCUAGUUACCUGGCUCUUGAAAAUGAAAUCCUAACCUCUUUCCUACCUUUUUUCCUUCUCUUACUAGGAAGAGUAUGGGUAGAAAGUCAGGAGGGUGAUUUCCGGUUUCAGCCUGCCUCCAGCCUGCCUCUGUGCAAAUCUCAGCGCACAGAGCUGGUCCCCAAAAGAGCCUUCUUCCUAGGAAUGGGGGCUAAAAGCACUGUCACGUGGGGUGGGUAAGAGAACUGCUCCUGCUGGGCCCUGGUUUCCUCCAGUUUUUUGUUCUGUAUUUGUUUAAGUUGUCUUGUUCAGAACUCUAACCCCUGUGCCACCCACCCUUGGUUGAGGAUCACAAAUCGAGGUGCCUUCCUUGUGUGCUUUUUGUUUCUGUUCCUUAACUGCCGAGCCUCAGCCGGUGUGGGUCCUGUGGGGGAGAAUCAUUCCAGAGGAAGCCAUCCCUGCAGGGAAAUUGGAUUUAUACUGGGUAGAUGGUACUCUUACUCCUUCCCCACCAUCCCUUCCUUCCUAGCUGUGAUGAACUUGAGAGAGGGACAACUCCCGGGGAAUUUCCUCCUACGAACUCGAACUCGAUUCCCAGCAUAAGCAAGGGAUUGUUCCAGGGCUGCUGCUUUCAAGGAGGCCCAUAAAAGCGUUGAUGUUACUGGGGUGGGGGGCAGAGCUUUAGACAGCGGGAACUCCCCAAACAGACGGAACUUCCCUGCUCUGUCUCCUGCCCCCCCCACUCCCCGUUCUUCCUCCACCAUCUGCACUACGUUUCCAGCCUGAUGCCCAGUGAGGUUCCUGCUAAUGGAAGCGGCUUCGAGUCCUUCAGGUGAAAUAAAGUCACAUCAAAACAAAACAAAACUAUAUAUAUUUUCGGUUUUUUUGCCUUAUUGUUUU